CCUUCAAUCCACAUGGUAUAAAAACAAAACAAAACUUAUCUCCACACAAGCUGCAGCAACUCGACCGUAUCCACCUUCUCAGAAGUCACUUCUCCUCAAAAAAACCAAACACCGACAACCUUUACCUUAACCUUAACCAAACAUCAUGGUGGUGGCGAUGGCGGGUGUGUCCCAAGCCAUCUCCAUCUCAAUCUCCACUUCAUCCUUCGAUUUCCACCCCAAGAAACCACCCUCUUCCUCCCUCUUGGGCCUGGCCCACUCCUCCCAGCCCAAUCUCUCAAUCUCCUCCAGAAGGAACCGCAACAACACCACCCUCUGUUGCCGCUGCACCCUCAAUUCCGACGAUACCUCUCACAAUUGGGAUUGGAACCGUUGGUGUCGCCACUUCUCCGAAAUCGAACAAGCCGAGAAUUUCGCCUCUGUCCUCAAGUUUCAACUUGAUGAUGCUAUUGAGAAGGAGGACUUUCAGGAAGCGGUUAAGCUGAAGAGGGCUAUAGCGGAAGCAACGUCCAAGGACACUGUUGCUGAAAUUUUGUCCCUUUUGAAGAGUGCUAUAGAUGAUGAGCGAUACCAUGAUGCUUCAAGAUUAUGUAAAAACACUGGAAGUGGACUGGUUGGUUGGUGGGUAGGGUACUCAAAAACUUCAGAUGACCCUUUUGGUAGAAUUAUUCAUAUAAGUCCUGGUAUGGGUAGAUUCAUUGGCAAGAGCUACAGUCCAAGACAGUUGAUCACAGCAUCUACUGGGACUCCAAUUUUUGAAAUUUAUGUGGUAAAAAAAGAAGAUGACACCUAUCACAUGCAGGUAGUGUAUUUGCGACAAGCCAAAGGAAAGUCAAGGAAAAACCCUCCAUCUAUACCUGCUAAAGGCCCAUCCAAACCUGAGGUGGAGAAUGCAUCUUCAGUCGAGGUGGAUGAACAUGAAGAGAAGGUUGAGAGAAAUGAUGAGAAAAAUAGUAAUAUCGAGGGAGCAACUGAGGAGGGUAUUAAAAGUGUCAUUAAUUUUCUUAAAGAAAAAAUUCCAGGAUUGAAAGUCAAAGUUAUGAAUGUUAAUGUUGAAGAGGAAGCAACAGAGGAUAAUGAGGAAGAUAGUAAUAAAACAGGCUCCAGUGAGAAUCAUGAAGAGGUAGUUAAUAAUCUGGAUGAACCUGAUGGGGUCACUUUAGAAAGAGAUGGUGAUGCCACAGAAGAAGAAAAGGAUUUGGACAUGAAGCUUUUUAUUGGUGGGGUUGUACACAACAAUGAAGAUACUCCUGUCAAGGAUGAAUUUAUACGUCUUCCAGCUGUAAUAAACAAUAUGGAAAAGGAUUCUUUUGUCUUUCAUUUUUCUAGUAAAAAUCUAGAUUAUGGUAUUAAAGAUGAUAAAGUUCCCGAUAUCAAAGUGGCAGCUCUAGCAGCACAAGGAGUAUCAGAGCUUAUGCCUCCUGAUGUUGCUAAGGCAUUUUGGAGUUCUGACAAAGUCUCUUCUAAGGUCUCAAAAAGCAUGCGUGAAAUUGUAAAACUUGCUAUUAGUCAAGCACAGAAAAGAACUAGAUUAUCUGGGGAUACACAUUUUAGUCGGAUUACCUCUCCAAAAGGGGAUUUUGAUCCUUUUGAUGGACUCUACUAUGGUGCAUUUGGCCCUUAUGGCAUUGAAAUAGUGCAAUUGAAGCGAAAAUUUGGACAUUGGAAUGAUGUGGACAAUGAAAACAACACUUCAGAUGUGGGAUUCUUUGAAUAUGUAGAGGCUGUGAAGUUAACUGGGGAUCUUAAUGUUCCUGCUGGCCAGGUGACAUUCCGUGCUAAAAUUGGCAGAGGCAAUCGCACCUCCAACCGUGGGAUGUAUCCUGAUGAAUUAGGAGUGGUUGCUAGUUAUAAAGGCCAGGGGAGAAUAGCUGAUUAUGGUUUUCGAAAUCCGAAAUGGGUCGAUGGAGAACUGCUCCAACUUAAUGGCAAGGGCAUGGGACCAUACAUGAAAGGUGCAGACCUCGGUUUCCUUUAUGUUGUGCCUGAGCAAAGUUUUCUUGUGUUGUUCAACCGGUUGAAACUACCCGAGUGAGCCAUGGUGCCUUAAUCCUGUCUAUUUUACUUAUCUGCUGCGGGGUUUUGAAACAUGAAGGAUUCUGACAUUAGCGAUGAGAGUACUUUGUUACCCUUUUCUGAGUGAUAGUUUUCCAAGAACUUCUAGCCCUUCAGUCCUUUUAAUGAAUUCAUUUUUGUUCCUUUUAUCAAUCUCUUUGCUAUCUAUCAUCUCGUGUAAAUAAAUUUUGUUGGCCAACAUAAUAGAAUGAUAGUAACUCUGGUAGGACCAUAUGUUAUAUUUUAUGUGCAUAGUAUGGUUUAUGGCUCCGUGUGCUUCCUUUCUUAUUUGAACUUGUCGUUUGUGGAAGUCCCAGACAGUCUCCAUGCAUGAAAGGGAGCAAUUAUUAGUUGAAUUUGAUAAUAAAGAACUUUAGAUCUCUGGUAAUUUAUCCA